GGCUGAGGUACUAUUAAGCCUUCAUGCAGCCGCUCAGGGCUUUUUGGUGCUUGUGCAGCACCAGGCCUCCUCCGCUGCAGCGCACACCCCCCCUCUGUCUCCUGGAAGUAGCAGCAAAGGAGAGCGCAGAAAUGUCUCGCUUUGAAAAUAAAGGACUGAUACUGGGCAUCAUGGCAGGGACUGCUGGAAUAAGCCUGGUCCUGAUCUGGUACCGCAAGGUCCGAAAACCUGGUGCAGCUGUGCGUAUACCUGACUUUGCAGAUGUAGGUAACAAGCUUAAUUCUGUAGGCAUGCAACAUGAAACUCAUAACGAGCAAGGGGCAGUAAUGGUUUUACACAGGAGGCAACUGCAGAUACUAGAAAAAUUGAAUGACUUGCUAAUAAGCGUGGAUGAACUGAAGAGGGAGGUGAAGUUUCUGAAAGAAGCUAUUCCAAAGCUUGAAGAGCUUGUUCGAGACGAGCUCCAAGGGAAGGGAGAUGCUCAGAGAGUUAGCCCAUCACACAGAGCAGCAAGGCGGAGAAAAGCUGAGACAACUCCUGCAAAAGAAGCUACCAGCUCUGAGGAGGCAGAAAGUGAAGGAGGUUACCUCACAGCUCAUACCGAUACUGAAGGAGACUCUGAGGAAGAAAAGGGGUGUAAGAAACCAUCUGAUGUCACUGUGCAGUCAGAAGAAGAAGAGCUACUUACUCUUCUACGGCAGGUGGACAGUUUGCACAAGGGUUCAGAAGAUGAUAAAAAGGAGGGCUUCAGGCUGCUGCUUGAGAAAGAUGACAAGUAUGAAAACUGUGUGGACUUUCUUUGGAGAGUUGCACGUGCUUAUGGAGAUAUGUUUGAGAUGACUGCUGAUACUGAGGAGAAGAAGAAAUAUGUUUCUGAUGGAAAGGAUAAAGCUGAAAAGGCUGUCCAGCUGGAUGCCAACAGUGCUGAGAGUCACCAGUGGUUUGCAAUUAUGUGUGGCUAUAUGUCUCAGUUUGAAAGUGUACAAAACAAAAUCAGGAAUGGUUAUCUCUUUAAGGAACACCUAGACAAAGCAAUUGAACUUAAACCUCAGGAUCCUUUUUUAUAUUACCUAAAUGGAAGAUGGUGCUAUUCAGUAGCUCAGUUGUCUUGGCUUGAAAAGAAAGUAGCUGCUGCUCUCUUUGGGACUCCACCAACUUCAACAGUAGAAGAAGCACUGCAGAAUUUUCUGAAGGCAGAAGAAAUGCAUCCAGGAUAUUCCAAAUACAAUUAUGUGUAUUUGGCAAAGUGCUAUAAAGACCUUGGCCAGAAAAACAAUGCACUGAAGUACUGUGAUUCUGCACUGUCAGUUCUCUCAGUUACUAAUGAGGUCUUAUUGCAAUGAACUCUGUAGCUAUCCAGCACAAUUUCAAACAUAUGUAUCGCAGAAACUUCUGGUGGGCAGAAGGCUGUGUGUGUUUAGUGAACUGGAAGUCAUGCAGCAUGUUCAUCAGACUCCUUGGAAAAGCACAGAGAUAACACAGAGUUGUAUUCAUCUUUGGUAACAGCAGCUGGACAACAUUUUGGUGUCUAGUCACAGGUAGUUGCUGAGGCUCCCCAUACGCUCAGUGGAGAGAGAGAGAAGAGGCUUCCAGGUGCCUCAUCCCAACUCUGUUCCCUGGUGGCUGAGAGAGACUAGGCGUGAAGACUCAUGUAAGAUGCAUGAGACAGUAGAAGACUGAGACACCUGACUUCCAGGCUCCAUAGUUAAUGGGAGGUGAAUCCUACCUCUGAAGGCCAAAGGCAUCAAUCUAAAUGUGAGCUCAGUUCAGUGUUUCCUGGGCCACCCUGGGGCCAGGGGUUAGUCCCUGCCAAAAGGAACACCCUGUCGCAUUUCUGAAGUGCCAGCAGGCCAGAGGUGAGAGCAGGAAUUUGGGAGCAAUUUGAGGUGCGUGUGUAUUCUGGCAAGCAGAGUGGUGAUAAAAUAAGAAUCAUAUUGGUUUGUGAACCAAAGAAGCAGCAGCAAGCAGCACCCAAAAUCUUCUGUCCACCUGAAGAUGACAGCAAGACAAAGUCCUCUUCUGUUUUGACUAAUUCUAUAGAUAUCACAGAUUUGUCUGCUUUGGUUCGUUCACUUGUUUUGUUUUAAGUUUAGAAAAAAAGGGUCUAAGAAAACACAGUAUCGGAGCAACCAUGUAUUGUGUUUUGUUUUGUUUUGUUUUUUCUUAAAGUAGUCAGCACAAGGUAACACCAAGCUCACAUAUGGGAAUUACUAUAAAAUGAAGAUCUGGAACACAAACUCUUUGAAUGCUAACUGUUACCAUGAAUCCCAGUUGAAUUAGAAUAUCAUGUCUCACUUGUUUAGAGAAAAACUGUUAAUUCUGGGGGAAACGUGUUGGAACUGAAACGACUCAGAGCUUGGAGCUGUAUGUAGGAAUAACAUUUAGUCGGGCUAGUUUAAGGGAGGGAAGAGACUGUAAUGGCUGGAGACUGAAUUGCCUACAGCCCUGUGAAAUGCAGGGUUUGUGGUCUGAAAUAGAAAACAGAGUUCAGCAGCAGUUUGAUGAUUCCUUUCCGUUUGCCACAGCACAGGAUCUCAAGGUUGUCAGCAGCAUAGGAUGCUGUCACAGUCAUGUGAAACCCAUCAUUCCUAAGUAUAAUCAUAGUUUCUCAUGUGAGUUGUUUUAAAACAUCUCUUUCUUCAGGCAGGGGAAUUCCUUUAUUGUUUCUAAAUGUUAUUUUUUUCUGAGAAACUUAUAUAUAUAUGUAUAAAGGCAUAAAAUCAGUUGUAGACUGAGAGACAUGCUUGCUGGAAUGGUGCCACAGUGAGGAAAUAUGUACUAUUUCAUGAUACAAAUCACCCUGCAGCAUAGCUAUGAAAAAUAAUAGUAGAUAAUGGUUUCAUUUAUUUAAUUUUUUUUUUUGCUUCUGAGCAUCCACAGUUUCCGUUGACUUCAGUGGGAACUAGAGUUACUCGGCAUCAGUAAAAUAGCCCAUAGCUCAUUUUAAUCCUCAGGUCAAAUUCUCAGCUGGUCUAACUCAGGGUACUUCUUUGACACUUUGUCUAGGAUUCAUUUCGUGUAACGUUGCAGGCUAAGUGAGAUGGUUUUGGUCUUGAAUGUUGUAUCACAUCCAAAUAGCCUUUCCCUGUGUAUUUUCUACCACUUACAGAAUAUCUUUUUCAUUCAAGUGGCUUCCAAACAGAAUUAAUUCUUACAAAAAAAAAAAAAAAAGGCGAAACAAACAAAAAGAAAAAACAACAACCAAACAAACAAAAAACUUGAAAAAGGAUACUAAAGAAGUAAUCAAGGUAGAGACAACUUCUGAUUGAAUGGCCGACUCCUGUAAAUCCUAAUAUUAGUGUGAUUUUUUUUCAUAGUUUGGCACAUUUUCAGCCAACCAUUUUUUUUUCUUUUGAAAAGGAAUACAAGAGAAAUGGUAUUUUUGGUAGAAAUUAGAUCUGUGAAACAAAACUCCUGUUACAGCACUAUAUUAGAGAUCUUUCUCCAUCAUCUCUACUCUAAACAGAAACCCCCGAUGAAUCAUAUGGUCCUUCCUUGGCCAUAAAUACCGUCACACUGUGGGGUGGUAUUACAUAGCUGGAGGUGCAUGGGACAUGAAAUUGUCCUGCUUUUCUCUGGUUGCUGUCCAGGUGGAUAACCCCUGGGUCCUGGGAAACAUUUACCCCUUCAAAAAUAGACAUCCUAACGCUUAGCACUGCUGUGAGUUAUUGCAAAGUGUGUAACAGCUGCUCUGUUUAUCUCAUCGAACUUGCACUACCCUUACUGAGACUCAUUAUUUUGUUAUGUGCUCAGAGCCUCGUUGAGUGUGGCUACAUAAAGGGCUGUCAAAACCAGAUGUGGUGGACUACUGUGAUGGGAAAAUACCUUUCCUUGAAUUUGGAAAAAAAUAUGUAUUCGAAAACAUGAAUGUUCUUAUAUUCGGAAAGACAAAAUCAGUGUGUGGGUGUCUGAGCUUGAUUAAACACACAGUGCUUUUCACAUGAGUGGAAUAAGGUGAUUUGACAGAGCUAGGUAGAUGACACCAAUUUCUUGUUUAUAAAAGAUCGUUUGGCAUUUUCAGGGGAACUUGUACAAAAUGUACAUGUAAAUGUAGAAUUAUGAAGUAUAAAUGUGAAGAAAUUACUAUUUUUUCUUGUCUGGAGGUGAGCUUGGGGAUUGGGAAUGAACCCUAUGUGCUUUUAGGGCCAGUGAGCUCACCACAGAGGUACUAGCAGCCUAACAGAGAAAAAGAUGUAGUGGAUUAAUUCAUUAAAAGCUCAAAGUUCAGGUCUCUCCGACAUGUUUUAAAAACAAAUCCAAAAAGCAGUAGUUACGUUACAAUAAAUUUCUUCUUCCUGGUUUUCUCUUUUCAGCUUUUCUAAAACUACAAAAUAAAUGUUUGCACUGAGAGUUAAUGAAAAAUCUUACUUAAAAUGCAGAUAAAAAGUUUCCUGGAGCUAAGAAUGUAUUUUAAAGUUAUUGGUGACUUUAAAAAUAUUAAUUUAAAAAGCACUCCCUCCUUCCCAACAAAAAUAAAGGCAAUUCAGAGUUAAAAGUAAUAAGAAAUAGAGAUUUAGAUAUUAGACAACUUUAUCAUUCUGACAUUCACUUCUUACAGCUGGAGCAUGGCAGGAGUGUAAGGGUUGGUAAGGAAUCUGCCUCCAGCUGCAGUGACAUUUGAAAUCUGGGGAAAUCAGUGUGGAAGAGAAGGAAGUAAAAGUAAUAAUGGGAAAGAAUGAUGGCUGAAUGUUUAAAUAAGAGUGUAGCUGCUGAGAAGAAAUAAAGCCUGUAAGAUUUUCUUACCUUUUUUUUUUUUUUUUUUUUACAAUU